CGACGAGCAGGGGCGGGGCGACCUUUGCUCGGUCCCGGAGAGCCCGGCGGCGCGGCGGGGUGUGGACGCGGCCCGGAGCCCGCCGCGCGCGAGCUGCCCCCUCCGCCUUCGGCUCGCACCCCCCUCCCCUCCCACCCGGGCGGGCUGAGCCCCGCCGGCCGCCCCCGGGCGCCCGCACCUCGGGCCGCAGUCUCGGCCAGACGCGCCAGCGAACCGGUUUCGAUUGGGGCCGGCGGCCUCGCGGGCGGCGGGAGCGGCGGGGACGCGCGGAGGGCCCGCGGAGGGAGCGGCCGAGAGGGGAAGGUUCGGUCGACUCGGGCGCAGGCGGCAGGUGCGCGGCCGCCGGGAUGCGGACGCCGGCGGUGAUGACGCUGGGCAUGGUGCUGGCGCCCUGCGGGCUGCUGCUCAACCUGACGGCCACGCUGGCGCCCGGCUGGCGGCUGGUGAAGGGCUUCCUCAACCAGCCGGUGGACGUGGAGCUGUACCAGGGCCUGUGGGACAUGUGCCGCGAGCAGAGCAGCCGCGAGCGCCAGUGCGGCCAGCCGGACCCGAGGGGCUACUUCAACUCCGAGCCGGUGCGCGUGGCGCGGGCCCUCAUGGUCACGUCGCUGGCCACCACGGCCCUGGGGCUGCUGCUGGCGUCGCUGGGCGUGCGCUGCUGGCAGGAGGAGCCGCGCUUCGCGCUGGCCGGCCUCUCGGGCGCGGUGCUCUUCGCCGCCGGCCUGCUCAGCCUCAUCCCGGUCUCCUGGUACAACCACUUCUUGGCGGACCGCAGCGCCCUGCCCGCCGACGCCAGCCCGGUCACGCUGCACGUCAGCUACAGCCUGGUGCUGGGCUACCUGGGCAGCUGCCUGCUGCUGCUGGGCGGCUUCUCGCUGGCGCUCAGCUUCGCGCCCUGGUGCGAGGAGCGCUGCCGCCGCCGCCGCAAGGAGCCCGCGGGCGGCCCGCGCCGGCCCAGCAUCAGCACGGUGCACGUCUACUGGCCCGAGCCCGCGCUGCCGCCCGCCAUCAAGUACUACAGCGACGGCCAGCACCGGCCGCGGCCGGCCAACCCCGGCGCCGCCCGCCAGCCCAAGGCCGGCUUCCCCAUGCCGCGGCCGCAGCCCGGCGCCUACACCAACCAGAUAGACGUGCUCCGCGGGGAGGACGCCCGCUCCCCCCGCGACUCCUCGGGCAGCACCGGGUCCUGCCACGCCUCGCUGCCCUGCGACUCCGACCUGUAGACGGCGCCCCCCUCCUCUCCCAGGCCUGCUCUGGGCCGGUGCUGCGGGGACGAAGGACUCGCCCCCACCAUGUCCAGCCUUGAACUUGCCCGGUACCUUGCGGCUGGAAACACCUGACUCGGCGUCCGAAACCCCGGACAGGUUCCUGGAACUGGUUUGGAAGGUGAUCUUCCUUUCUUGUGACUCAAGCGAUUAGGUCAGCUUGGCUUUGCUUUUCUUUCUGUAAAAUUUAGUUUUCCUCCCCAGAGGGAUGAGGAUCUUCUUACGGAGUGACGGGAUUUUCAUACUUGAAGCUGAAGGAGAUCUGGAAAGGGCGCCUUUGCAUCGUGUUGACACAGGACCAUGACAAAAAGCCAAAAUCAGCAAAGAGAGGCUCACAAGCCAUGUUAACACCUUGAAACAGUAUCCGGAAAUGCCAGUGAACCUUACAUCAAUAUAAUUUUUUUUCCCCCGUUGUAUAACUUAUUCUCCUGCAGACUCUCAAGAGACCAAUAUACUGGCUAUGUUUGAUUGAAGCUCUUAAAAUAAACUUGGAGCCAUGCAAGCA